AUGGAACAACCCGAAUCUAAUCCAACAUUUUGUACAAAUAAUUGUGGAUUUUAUGGUUCAUCACAAUUUGAAGGCAUGUGUUCAAAAUGUUAUCGUGAACAUGUUAAUCGUUCAUAUAAUGCUGGACGAACGAAUUCAUUUAACAGUUAUUAUUCAUCUUCUAAUACUCCUGUGACAUCUCAAAAUCUUCUAACAGAUCAAGUCAUUGAAGAUAAUACAACUAAUUCAAUAGAAAAUGAUAACAGUGAUGUUCAAUUACAACAAGAAACUGAUGCUAGUCAUCUUCUUCAUGUUUCAUCUGCACCAAUAUUAUCAAAUGAAAUUGACGCAAUUACAAAGAAUGACUCCAUUAUUGGAGAAACAAAUUCAUUACAAGCUUCUCCUGUUAAUGUCGAAAAGAAAAAACGUAAUCGUUGUUCAUGGGAAACGUGUAAUAAAAAACUUGGUUUAACCGGUUUUAAUUGUCGUUGUGGUGGUCAAUUUUGUUCAUUACAUCGUUAUGCAAAUGAACAUAAUUGUACAUUUGAUUAUAAAGAAUAUGGCCAAAAUGAAAUACGUAAAAAUAUGCCUGUUGUACAAGGUGAACGUGUUCAAAGAAUUUAG